CAUUGUUAGUGUACCGUUGAGAAAAUAACAUGAUUAGUUUGCAAGACCUACAGAAUAUUAGCAAAUUUGGUGUAAGAGCAGACACCUGAGAGGCUUGCUCCGGAAAAUGUUAAACCCGCUCUAAAUACAUCUUGUUGCCAUGGUUACGAGUAAUGUUUCAAGAGUUUUGAUCGCUAACUAGCAUACUGUCUCCGGUUAAAGUUACCAGACCACGAACAAAUAAUGGCUGACAUACCCAAACACCCAGAUAAAUUUGAAGACGUUUUAGUUCAGGUUCAACAUGACUUAAGCCAACUUAAGUACAAUAUUGAAAAAAUCAAUGUGGGCGAAAAGACCGCAACUCUGGAUAUCAAAGUACUGGACAAUGCCAUUAGUAAGACCCAAAGUAGCAUCAGGAGACACGCAGAGGAUUAUUUGAAAAGUGUAAAUAAGCAGCAGCUGGUUCUUCCAACCAUUGUAGACAUAGAAAAACAGACCUUAAAGACUUAUAAAUGGAAACCCUCUCUUGAAAGUCUCCCUGAUGUGUAUUCAAAAAGAAAGACAUUUGGCGCAGUAUUCCCUGAAAGAAAGGUGAAACCUGAGGCCGCAGAGAGGCUUGCAGUUACCAAAGCAAAAGGAAAAUGUGUUCAAUAUCUUCCUGAAGUUGAACUGGAACCAGUGAUUAAACCAAGCUUGCUUCGAAUGUCGGCUCAGCACAACAUUAUGUCUCUUCAGCCCAGGCUGGAAUUGCACUUUUCAAAAAAAGAAUUAGAUUUCAAGCCACAUAAGGAGUCAGAAUGUCAGGCGCAUUCAGAAUCCAGGGUUGGCAUAAAGGUUGGUGAAUCCGAACAUCUCUUGACUAGUUUACCAAGUUUACCGACUCAGAUCACAGCUUCUGACAGCAUGGACCAGAUGGAAACCCAGGACCAGUCUGUAGAUGCUUAUAAAAGCACCAACAUAUUCCCUUUUACAAUCGUAAAGGGACAAAUCGAUCCGAUGGCGAAAGAUUUCAUUUGCUUCAAGGAGAAAUUUAGUUGGUGCUGGAGCAACGUGGCGGAAGUUCUGAAUGACCUGACUAAACUGCUCCGAGAGUUUGCAGUGCCUUUUGCUAAAGUUGAUGGAGAACACUUGAUAGAGUUACUCCGUGAAUCUAAUUAUUGUUGGAGAAAGACUCUGCCAAAGGCCGCUCUCUUCUCAGUGCUUGAAAAUAAGGGGGAGGUAUUAGAACUGGUCUCACGCCCAGGUCAACGCUACAGAGGGGAAGGAGGCAGAGAUGUUGCUGCCACCCGUAUACAGACCUGGUGGAGGCGCUACGUCAUCAGGACUUGUUACCUGUACUACUACCGCCGCAAGAUGGCAGCGGAAGCUAUCUCGCUGUCAUAUAUGUUUCACUAUCAAAAGUGCCAAGUGAAGAAAACCCUUCAGGCCAAGCGUUUCAGGCAGCUGAUAAAUUAUCGCCGCAGAGCAGAGCGUCUGGCAGAAAACUGGAAACACAUCCGGUCGUCCAAGAGGACCAUUAUCCACAUCCCUUCAUUAGGGUUCUCCCAGAGCUGGAGACUGAGCACCAGGAAAUAUGACAUCCUCCAGAACAUCCAAAUCACCAGGCUGUGUGAUAUUAGAGAUGAAAACGUGGAGGUGAUCUACAUAUGCCCAAUGCGUCUGGGAGAAGACAUCUUGCAGUAUUACGACAAUUUUCUGAGAAGGAAUGGGGCUGACAGCAGCACCAACCAGGACUUGCCCUGCAACAAGCGGUUUCUUAUCCUAACACCCGAGGCUGUGGAUCAUUUCCCUACCCGCAACAUGUGUCUGUCUACACUGCUGAAGUACAGUCCGUGCACCCUGAAGCAAAUCAAACGCCAAAUACAGGGGAAGCAGGCCUACAUAGUGGGUGGAGUUGGCCACGAGGAUGACCUGGAAGUGGCUGAUGAGCUGCGUGUGCCAAUCUUGGGUCCAGAACCGGCUGUUUCACAACUCUACGGCACCAAGUCUGGAGGAAGAAGGAUAUUUUCCGAAGCAGGACUGGAAGUACCCCCUGGAAAAGGAAAUGUGUUUUCACUUAAUCAGCUUUAUGAAACACUGGCCGAACUUAUUGCUCAAAAUAUUCACAUUCAGCGCUGGCUCUUUAAGAUCAACGUGCAGCGAGGAGGUUGUGAUGCAGCAUACUGUGACGUUUGCCACCUUCCGUGCUACAGCUGGGCUCUGCGGCGCUACCAGCAUUUUGGUCCUGAUCUGUGGCACUCAGAAUGGGUUCAGGAAACAGUGAUGAUGAAGUAUUUAGAAGAGAUCCCAGAAUGGCUGAUUUUUUAUACCAUUCUGGCUAAAUCUUCCCGUUUUCAAAGUUGGUCCGAGUUCCUGAAGAUCUUCCUCAGGCAAGGUGGAGUAGUGGAGGCGUACCCCCCUUCGGAGAACGUCACCUAUGUGACUGUGGAUAUGCUCCUGGAGCCCAACGGUGAGGUGACCAUUCUGUCCUGGGGAGACCAGCUGCACGGCUACUGUCAUCUAGACAUUGUGGGAUCCAUUAUUCCUAAGACCUCCGUUCACAUAGAGACCCUGCACUCUAUCUGCAUGUGUGUGGCUCACGCUUGCAAGCAGAACUACAUAAUGGGUUAUGUGUCUGUUGGCCUGGCGACCUUUGUGGACCACAACACCAUGAAGCAGAAGAUAUGGGGAAUUGAUCUGGACAUUGGAUUCAGUGACCAUCUUGCCAUGACCCAGAUGCUACUAAUGGCGACUGGAGGAACGCUCAACUGGCGCACAGGCUGUUUCGAAGUGCCAGUCAAGGAGAAAUGUUCUGGACAGGAGGCUGAAGCAAAGCGUCUGGUGGACAGUCGCUAUGCAGUUGUUGGGAUCCGUCUGUUUCAUUCCAACCUUUCCAUGUUGUACCACAGUAUAUUCUUAAAUAUAUGCAAAUCGAAAUGCAUUGACUUUAACAAGAAGGAAAAUCAAGGCACUGUUUUUGCUCUCUAUGACAGCGAUGAUCGAUGCACCAUUGGGAUGAUAGCGGUCUCGGAGGAUCUCCAGGGAGCUCUGGUGACCUUUGCUCAGAAUUUGUCAGUCAUUCAUCAGGAAAUAUUGUCCUCUAAAAAGGGAGAAGAAACCAAUUUCGAGGUGGUGAUCACAAACAUAGAGGACAUGCUGGAGGUGAUCAUUCAGAACAAAAACCAACUGGAGGAUUAAGUUUCUGCUCAGACACGAGCUUCACCAUUGAACCCCAGAGAUAUGUACAGGCUGAUCAAAUGUAAAUGUCUAAAUAAACAUCUUAAUAUUCUGACAUGAA